AUGAUACUGAGACAGGAGAAGUUCUGUACUGAAAGAGCAGCAGACUGCUGUGUGGAAUUCAGUACACCCUUUGAGCAAAAACAAAUAGUUGUCAUUAACACCCCAGACCUGCUGCUCACCAAAAUCUCUCAGGACAAAUUGAAGGAACACGUAGGAACCUGUGUGAGGCUCUCUGAUCCUGGACCUCAUGUGUUCCUGCUGGUUCUACAGCCUGAAGACUUCACUGAGGAGCACAAACAGAGGCUCUGCAGAGUCCUUCAACUCUUCAGUGAUCGAUCAUUUGACCAUUCACUAAUUUUCAUGUCAACAUCCAGAGAGGAGAGCUCAUUUGAAAACUGUGUGACUCAUCCACCGCUAAAAGACAUGAUCAGACUGUGCAGAUACAGAUACCUGUGGCAGAAGAGCUUUGAACGUUCAGAGCUGUUAACACGUUUGGUUCAAACAGCAAAGGAGAUAAAUGAAGAUCAUCUGAGCUGGGAUGUAUUUGAGGAUGAGGAUGGCGGAUUAUUCAUGAGACCAAAGUCUGUUUUAAACCUGGUUCUGUGUGGGAGGAGAGGAGCAGGGAAGACGUCAGCAGCCAAGGCCAUUUUAGGUCAGACUGAGCUUCAUUCAGUCUCCAACUCAUCAGAGUGUGUUAAACAUCAGGGAGAGGUGUGUGGACGUUGGGUUUCCCUGGUGGAGCUGCCUGCCUUGUAUGGAAAACCUCAGGAGGCAGUGAUGGAGGAAUCACUCAGGUGUAUCUCCCUCUGUGAUCCUGAGGGUGUCCAUGCCUUCAUCCUGGUCCUACCUGCAGGUCACCUCACUGAUGAAGACAAGGGAGAGUUAAAGACCAUCCAGAAAACAUUCAGCUCUCGAGUCAAUGACUUCACCAUGAUUCUGUUCACUGUGGACUCAGAUCCUACAGAUUCAACUGAUGUUAACUUUGUAAAGGAAAACCAGGACAUCCAGGAGCUCUGUGAGAGCUGUGGAGGAAGAUCAGUUGUUCUCAACAUCAAAGAGAAACGGCAGAUCCCAGAACUGUUGGAGACUGUGGAAAAGAUGACAGUUCGCAAAAACUAUACAAUAACCAUGUUUACACGUGUCUGUGUGGAUAAAAUCACCACACUUCAGGCGGAGCUGAAAAACUUGAAACCACAUGAUGUUGGCCUUUUGGAGGAAGAGAAGCAGAGCUCAGACUGUCUGAGGAUUGUGCUGAUCGGAAAGACCGGCAGUGGAAAGAGUUCCUCAGGAAACACCAUUCUAGGAAGAAAACAGUUCAAAACUGGCGCAAGCCAGACAUCUGUUACCAAAUGUUGUCAGAAAGCACAGGGUGAUGUGGACGGUCGUCCUGUUGUUGUGCUCGACACUCCUGGUCUGUUUGACUCAACUUUGUCACAUGAAGAGGUCAGUGAGGAGAUGACAAAGUGCAUCAGUCUUCUGGCUCCAGGACCACAUGUCUUCCUGUUGGUGUUGCAGAUUGGCCGACUCACACCAGAGGAGAAAGAGACUCUGAAACUGAUCAAGAAAGUCUUUGGAAAGAAUUCUGAGAAAUUCACCAUCAUUCUUUUCACAGGAGGAGAUACACUCGAACAUGAACAGCAGUCUAUUGAAGAUUACAUUAAAGAUGCAUGUGAUGAUUCCUUUAAAAGUCUGAUCGCUGACUGUGAAUCGAGAUACCAUGUGUUCAAUAACCGUGAGAAACAAAGCUGCGCACAAGUCAGUGAGCUGAUAACAAAGAUUGAAACCAUGGUGAAGAAAAAUGGAGGAAACUGUUUCACCAAUGAGAUGUUGCAGGAGGCUGAAGCAGCGAUAAAGAAACAAAUGGAGAAGCUGCUGAAAGAGAAGGAAGAAGAGAUGAAAAGACAAAGGGAAGAACUUGAAAGAAAACACCAGGAAGAAAUGAAAACAAUGAAAGCAAUAAUGGAAAAGCAAAGAGAAGAAAAUGAACAAAGAGAUGAGCAACUCAGACGGUUACAGAACGGCAUCCACAUUCAGUCUGAAGAGAGAAGGAAAGAACUAGAAACUAGAGAGAAAGAGAGAGAAACAGAAGAACUUAAAAGACGAGGAUGGGAACAAAAAAUUCAAGAACUGGAGAAAAAACUACGAUCAGAGUCAGAAUCAAAGGAAAUGAUUAACAGGGAGCUUGAACAGUACAAAGAAAAUAUAAGAGAGCAGGAUCAACUGAAGGAAAAACAAAAUCAAGAUGAUGAACAGAAAGAGCAGAAACUCAGGGAGCUCCAAGAAGAAUACAACCAAGUAAAAGAAAAAUAUAAACGUGAAAAAGAAAAAGAGGAUCAAAUCAAAAUAGAACAAGAAGAGAAACUAAAAGAGUUAGAGGAGAGCUAUAAGAAAGAAAUUGAAAACAUACAGGAAGACAUGGAGAAGUCUAAAGAAGAGGCCAGAAGAUCAGCUGAAGAGUUGAAUGAAUUCAGAGAAAAAUAUGAAGCUGGGAUACUUAAACUCAUGGAGGAGGUGGUUGAUCUAGAGAUGGAAAAGGAGGAAUAUGAAAGAUUAAAGGAUCUGUCAGACCACAAAGAAAAUAGUCUGAAGCAGGAAAUAGCUGUUCUGCAGAGUAAACAUAAAUCAGAAAUGGCCGAUUUAGUCCUGAUGCUCCUGAGUCAAAAGAAGGAAAACAAGAAAAAAAUAAAAAGCAUGCAGGAAUCGCACAGAAAAGAGGAAGAGAAGCUUAAAAAGGAUCUUUCAAAGGAGAACAAGGAAGAAGAGAAGGAAGAAAUUGGUAAACUAAAGAAGAAACAAAAGGAAAAAAUGAAAGAAUUGAGGAAACAGCUUUUGACCCAAAACAAAGAAGACUGGGAAACAGAAAGGGAAGAGCUGUCCAACCAACAUGAAAAAGAAAUUUCUGACUCCGGAGCAUCCUCAGUCAUGGUUUUGUUGGACUUGACAUCUGCCUUUGACACCAUUGACCACACCAUCCUGAUUAACAGGCUCCGGGACAUAGUCGGUGUGUCCGGUCUGGCUCUGGAGUGGUUUCGGUCGUACCUCUCCCAACAGAUCUUUUAG